AUCUGGGUGCGCUUCAAAUUUCCAGCUCCGCCCAAAACCCUUGCGAGGCUCCGAACCCCAGCAAUGGCGGACCCGCCGUCGUUCCGUCGCCACCCGCACCCCUUCUCCAUCGACCUCAUCCGCUGGCUCCCUUCCUCCGCCUCCUCCGACCGCCUCCUCGCCGCCGCCGUCCACGACCCGGCCGCGUCCUCUUCCCACCUCCACCUCCUCGCCCUCCCCGACCCCUCCUCCCCGCUCGCCUCCCUCCCGCUCCCCUCCCGCGCCACCGCGCUCCGCUGUUCCCCCUCCGUCCUCGCCGCGGCCACCGAGUCGGGAUCCCUCCACCUCCUCCCCUCCUCCUCCUUCGACGGCGCCGAAUCGGCGGUGUCCGUCCCUGGCGGCGCGGGGUUCCACGUGGGCCCCGUGCGCGGGCUCGACUGCGUCGGCGGUGCGGGCGGGGAGGAGUGGGUGACGGCCGGGGAGGACGGCAGGGUUCACGUGGUGGGGGGUAGUGGGGAUGGGAGGGUGGUAGCGAGGAGGCUGUGGGAUGGGAAGGGGAUGGCCGGGUACGAGGCCGCGAGGUGGGCGUCGCCGGCGGAGUUCGCCACCGGUGGCGCCGGAUGCGGCGUGCAGUGGUGGGACCGUAGGAAGGGGGACGCCGUGGUGGCGCAGUGCAAGGGCAUUUGGGGGCGUGGCAUUGUGACUGGCAUGGUACAUUCCAUUGACAUUCAUCCAUCAAGAAAGCAUAUAUGUGUGGUGGGAGGUUCAUCAGGGACUAUAUUUGCUUGGGAUCUGCGGUGGCCUCAGCAGCCAAUACCACUCUCUAGUUUAGGCAUUAAUGGACCAACACAGUCUGUAUGUGAGAGUGAGGUCUGGGAGGUUCUUUUUGACAAUUACACUCAGUCUUCUGAUAUCAUCUCAUCUUCCUCAACAAGAAUAUUACCUGUGAUGAUGUGCUCAGAGGAUGGUAUCCUUGCAGUUGUCGAACAAGAUGAGAGGCCUCUUGAAUUGCUUGCUGAACCCUGUGCUAUCAAUUCCUUUGACAUAGAUCCUCAGAACCCUUCUGAUGUGGUCUGUGCCUUGGAAUGGGAAUCAAUUGGUGUACUAACACGUGGUAGAGAUACAAUGACUGAAGAAUAAAAAGAUUUCCCUAUCUGAAUGGUUUCAUUAGAAUCUCCUGGAUGGUUUUCCUUCAGUUGUACAGGUCAAAACCUUCGCAAGGCACAGAUGCGUUGGAAGACCUGAAUACCAGUACCCUUCUUAGGCUUGAAGAAAUGAAUUGCGUUGUUGGUGCAGCUGAAGAUAAGGUCAUGGAAAUUGAAGUGGACUAUGAUCAGAUCAUUCCUACUACCUUCGUAACUGUGCUUGAGAAAGUUGGGUGCUGAAUGCUUGAAAUGCAAAUUGGAAUGGACCCAAACACUACUUUGGCAAGUUCUGUUGUACUAAUCCGGAGUUGCCUACUAGUAUUUUCGUUGUAGGUUUUGUAUUUGGGUGCUCGUGGACGGGUCAAUUGCUCUGUUGCGAAAACUUCUUUUUGUUCCAAAGUGAUCCAGAUGUUCCAACUUUAUAAAGUUGCAAAUGGAAAUUGAUUCUGGAACUGAUGCUAUUAACAAUUUUAUCUGCUGUCAUAAAAUGGGCUGUGCUGCUUGUGGUUCAGGAAAGUAUUGUUA